AUGCCUUUUGAGGUUUUUAAUUCAUUAAGGGAGAGAUUUUUAAAGCCUGGGAAAGAAGAGGUGAAGAAUACUGUUAGCGACUCACUGGGACACUUCCAAAGAAAAAUUGAUGGAACCAACCAAGAAGAAGAUAACAUUGAACUAAAUGAAGAAGGAAGACCUGUACAGGCAGCAAACAAACCUCCUUUAUUUGACUGCCAUUGCUGUGGACUACCCAAACGUUACAUCAUUGCUAUAAUGAGUGGCCUGGGGUUUUGCAUUUCUUUUGGAAUUAGGUGCAAUCUUGGUGUUGCCAUAGUGGAAAUGGUUAACAACAACACAAUCUAUGUCAAUGGAAAACCAGAGGUUGAGAAAGCACAAUUCAACUGGGAUCCAGAAACAGUAGGACUUAUUCAUGGCUCAUUUUUCUGGGGCUAUAUUGUAACACAAAUUCCAGGAGGCUUCAUUGCAAAUAAACUAGCAGCUAACAGGGUAUUUGGAGCAGCUAUUUUCCUAACUUCCACACUAAAUAUGUUUAUUCCUGCAGCUGCCAGAGUACAUUAUGGUUGUGUUAUGUUUGUAAGAAUUUUGCAAGGUCUUGUAGAGGGAGUGACCUACCCAGCAUGCCAUGGAAUGUGGAGUAAAUGGGCGCCUCCACUGGAAAGAAGCAGGCUAGCAACCACAUCCUUUUGUGGUUCCUAUGCGGGGGCGGUGGUUGCCAUGCCACUAGCUGGUGUAUUGGUACAAUACAUAGGAUGGUCAUCCGUCUUUUACAUAUAUGGAAUGUUUGGGAUAAUCUGGUACAUGUUCUGGCUGUUACAUGCCUAUGAGAGUCCAGCUGUUCACCCAACAAUAACCACUGAAGAAAGAACUUACAUAGAAACAAGUAUAGGAGGAGCCAGUCUUGUCAGUGCCAGUAGAUUUAGUACACCAUGGAAACAGUUUUUCACUUCAAUGCCUGUUUAUGCAAUCAUUGUGGCAAACUUUUGCAGAAGCUGGACCUUCUACUUACUGCUUAUAAGUCAGCCUGCUUACUUUGAAGAGGUCUUUGGAUUUGCCAUAAGUAAGGUUGGCCUUUUAUCUGCAGUUCCACAUAUGGUCAUGACCAUUAUUGUGCCCAUUGGGGGACAGCUGGCUGACUUUUUACGCAGCAGAAGAAUUUUAACCACAACUGCAGUAAGAAAAAUUAUGAACUGUGGAGGUUUUGGGAUGGAAGCUACUUUACUUUUGGUGGUUGGCUACUCUCACACAAGAGGAGUUGCUAUCUCUUUCUUGGUUUUAGCAGUAGGCUUUAGUGGAUUUGCUAUUUCAGGAUUUAAUGUCAACCACUUAGAUAUUGCACCCCGCUAUGCCAGCAUCCUCAUGGGCAUCUCUAAUGGAGUGGGGACACUGUCAGGAAUGGUGUGUCCCCUCAUUGUUGGUACAAUGACUAAACAUAAGACCCGUGAAGAAUGGCAAAAUGUCUUCCUAAUAGCUGCCCUAGUUCACUAUAGUGGAGUGAUAUUUUAUGCCAUCUUUGCUUCUGGUGAGAAGCAGGAAUGGGCUGAUCCUGAAAGCCUGAAUGAAGAGAAAUGUGGAAUAAUUGACCAAGAUGAACUGGCUGAAGAGACUGAACUGAACAAUGAUAACUUUGUUAGCCCGAAGAAAACAUAUGGUUCUACUGUUCAAAAUGAUGAAGGACGAAGGAAAGGGUUACAAAAGCAAAAGGGGGUGGUGCAAGAUGUAGAAGAACAGACUUCCUACCAGUAUGAAAAGGGAAAUUAUCAAGAUUCAUCAUAA